AUCGCUAGGGGACACUAGUGUGUGAAACUUUUGAAGGGUGUGAGUAACUGCCACUGUGCGCCGCUCAAGAUGUUGCAGCAGCAGCCUCUCUCGGGCAAUGGGCCUUCCAACGGCCGGGGACUAGGCUUGAGCACUCACUCCGGUAUGCACGCACUAAACUCGGUCCAUCCAUCCUCUCAACAUCGCCAAGAUGGUGACCAAGGCCUCGAAGUCGCCGAAAAUGGUCAUGAAGCCAGAAGAGACAUUGGUGAUAUAUUGCAACAAAUAAUGACCAUCACCGACCAAAGUUUGGACGAAGCACAAGCAAAAAAACAUGCACUGAAUUGUCAUCGUAUGAAACCAGCUUUGUUCAGCGUCUUGUGCGAGAUCAAAGAAAAAACUGGCUUAUCAAUGAGAAAUGCUCAAGAGGAAGAGCCACAGGACCCUCAGCUGGUGCGAUUGGACAACAUGUUGCUGGCUGAGGGUGUGGCUGGCCCUGAGAAAGGGGGUGGGGCGGCGGCGGCGGUGUCUGCAGCCACCAGUUCCGGAGGGAUGUCACCCGACAGCUCACUGGAGCAUUCGGACUACAAAAGCAAGUUGAGCCAGAUUCGCAACAUCUAUCACACUGAACUGGAGAAAUAUGAGCAGGCAUGUAGCGAAUUCACCACCCAUGUGAUGAACCUGUUGAGGGAGCAGUCACGCACACGGCCCGUGUCGCCAAGGGAGAUCGAACGCAUGGUGGCCAUCAUCCACCGCAAGUUCAGCUCCAUCCAGACCCAGCUGAAACAGAGCACCUGUGAGGCCGUCAUGAUCCUGCGCUCGCGUUUCCUGGAUGCAAGGCGGAAGAGACGCAACUUCAGCAAGCAGGCGACAGAAGUCCUGAAUGAGUACUUCUACUCCCACCUGUCCAACCCCUACCCUAGUGAAGAGGCCAAAGAGGAACUAGCAAAACAGUGUAGCAUCACUGUUUCUCAGGUGUCCAACUGGUUUGGAAACAAGAGAAUCCGCUACAAGAAGAACAUUGGCAAGUUCCAGGAAGAGGCCAACAUCUACGCCAUGAAGACGGCCCUGGGUGCGCCACAGACCGACGACUCGCCGCACACUCCCAACUCCACAGCUGACAUCUUCCGCGGGGUUGCACCCAUGAAUGGAGAGCAAUCAACCUAUCAGAUGGGAGCACAGACUAAUGGGAAGUGGCCAGGAAGAAGCCCGCCCCCCUCUGCUACGUCCCCGGGAAGCGACCAGUCUGACAACUCGGACUGAUCCUCUUCCCCUCAACGACAGUUGACGGAAAGAUUGACAGCGGAAAAGAAUGAUAUCACUUUUUUUCCUCUUGGCUGCAGUUAUCGUUUCUGUAUGUGUUAGUACAUUUUUAUGUUAUUACUGUCAUGCUGUUGGUUGAAUGGGUUAAGAGUUGGAAUGUGAGUGUUUUUAUGUGCACUUGGAGUGUGUGUGUGUUUUGUUUGUGUACUUCUAUCUGUGGUUUUAGUAUUGGGAUCAUGGAUCAUGGGCUUUGUGUUCCACUACCUGGACUUGUUACUGCAUCACAUUGGUUGGUGGGCUUGGGCAACUGCAUUAUCAUUUUAUUGUUUUUAUGACACUUAUUAUUAUUAUUAUUAUUAUUAUUAUUAUUAUUGCUGUUUUAUUAGCAUUUAAAACAUAUGUAGUGUUUUUUAUGAUACAACAGAGAUGAAAUCAAGAAUGAGAGGGCAAUAGAGAAAAUCCAAAGAAUUUGUGUGUUACUCUUUUUUUUCUACUGGGCUUGUGUGUGUAUUUUAUGAAUGAGGCACGCUUGUGUCUGUGCUGUCCAUUUGAACUCUUUGAAUGAGUAUAUAAACAGUGCAGUCUUUUCUCUGUACAGUGAAACACCUGUAUUCUCUCUACCUCCUUUACAAUAAAGAAUCUGUAUUCACAAUCUUUA